GACGUAACGUCAUCCUGUGGUUGUUUUGCAUUGUUUUGUUUGUGUUUUUCGUGAAAAUUAAUUAAUUGCAUUGCAUUGCAGCCGUCGAUUUCCAGAAUUACGUAGUGUGAUUAACCAUUAAUCGAUUGUAACAAUGGCGGGGGUGCCAAGUGACUGGCAGCUGGGCUGUACGGAGAUGAAGCAGCGAGGCGCUCAUUUGCUUCAGUCUGGGCAGUGGUCAGACUGUACUUUCCUGGUGGGUACUGAACCCAACCAGGUGCAGGUGCCCGGCCACAAGCUCGUGCUCGCGAUGGCUUCGCCGGUGUUUGAAGCCAUGUUCUACGGGGGCAUGGCUGAGAGGAAUGAUCCCAUUCCUAUCUUAGAUGUUCAGCCUGAAGCCUUCAAAGCACUAUUAGAGUACAUUUACACAGACAAUAUAAACAUCAGUUCAUUUGACAAGGCAUGUGAACUAUGCUACGGAGCCAAGAAGUACAUGCUGCCACAUCUGGUGAAGGAGUGCACUCGGUAUCUGUGGUCAGACCUUUACCCAAGAAAUGCUUGCCGUGCCUAUGAAUUUGCUCGGCUCUUUGAAGAGAAUGUGCUGAUGGAUAAAUGCAUUCAGAUCAUUAGCACGAACACAAAAGAAGUAUUAAAUGACAGCAGUUUCGAAGAGGUUGAGCUAAACACGUUAAUCACUGUGUUCUCCCUGGACCACUUGAACGUGGAUAGUGAACUGGAUCUGUUUGAGGCAGCGGUACGCUACGCUAAGGCUCAGGGCAAGCGGUGCUCAGAGCGCAGCGUCAGCCCGCCUACUGAUAAUGGACCACCGUCACAGAAAAGGAGUAAGAGUCCUGAGCCUUCUACAUCUAAUGAAAAGGAAUUAAACGUAGAAAGCAGUGUCGAGAGCAGUGCAGAGAACAGUCCAGAAAGUGCAAUGGAGCUGUGCAAGGCAGCCGAGCCAGAGCAGACCAACCCAGGGCCUUCCAAUGAGGACAAGAAAAAUAAAGGAGAAAACAAAGACAAGCUGACCAUCCGCAGCGCGAUCGAGAAGAUCCGUUUCCUGACGCUGACGGCCACGCAAUUCGCGGCCGGGCCCGCGCGCUCCGCCCUGCUCACCGAGUCCGAGGCCUUCGCAGUCCUGAUGAAUAUACUCUCCAGCGCUGCUGAUGUCCCUAUGCCUACUGGCUUCUCCACUUGUCGCGUACCGAGGAAACAGCUGAUCGGUGGCGGACCGUCUACUAGCUCCGAGGCCUUCGUCGUCCUCAUGAACAUCCUCUCCAGCGCUGCUGAUGUCCCCAUGCCCACUGGUUUUUCUACUUGCCGCGUGCCGAGGAAGCAGCUGAUCGGUGGCGGACCGUCGACUAGCUUGGAUGCGUUUGCCGUGCUCAUGCAUAUACUCUCCAGCGCUGCUGAUGUCCCCGUGCCUACUGGCUGCCGCGUGCCGAGGAAACAGCUGAUCGGUGGCGGACCUUCUACUACCACAAGUAGAAAAGCCAGUAGGCAUGAGGAUGUAGAAAAGCCAGUAGGCAUGGGGAUGCCUACUGGCUUUUCUACUUGUCGCGUGCCGAGGAAACAGCUGAUCGGUGGCGGACCUUCUACUAGUUAUGAAUUCGCGGCCGGGUCCGCGCGUUCCGCCCUGCUCACCGAGUCCGAGGCCUUCGCAGUCCUCAUGAAUAUCCUCUCCAGCGCUGCUGAUGUCCUCAUGCCCACUGGUUUUUCUACUUGCCGCGUGCCGAGGAAGCAGCUGAUCGGUGGCGGACCAUCCACCAGUAUGCCGACGUUCACGGUGGACACGCCGAGCCCGGUGACGGUGGAGCAGGUGUUCGGCAUGGAGCUGUCGCGGCCGGCGCCGCCGCACGCCUGCCUGCACGCCGCGCGCCGCCACGACCACGCGCUGCCCUGCGCGCCGCAAGCCGGCGUGCGCGUGCCGCCGGUGAUGGCGGAGCGGCUGGAGCACGUGGAGCGGCACAGCGCGGAGUUCAGCAAGCUGUACUGCACGCGCGCCAUCAUCCAGCACACCGAGUGCUACAACGCCUCCGUGCUCGACUGCUCCGUCACCUUCAUGGUGGACAAGAACAUCUGUCUGCUGGGCGUGCAGGUGCCGACGCAAGCGCCGUGCGAAGAAAGCGGCGUCGCGGUUAGCGCAGCGGCCAGUUAUAGCGAGCUGCUCUACGCGCACCUGCUCGACGCGGACGGCGCGCGGCUCACCUACACGCACUACACGGCGCGCGUGCCGCACCGCCACCUGCUCGACAUCAUGUUCAACCGGCCCGUCUACAUCCAGCGGAACAAGGUGUACAAAGUGGGCAUAGUGUUCAACAAGGCCGGCUGGUAUCCAAUGGGCGUGUGUGCACAACAGGUGGCGGCGGAGUCGGUGUUCUUCAACUUCGGCAUCGGGCAGAGCAGCGACAGCGUUCGCGACGGGCUCAUCCGCUCGGUCAUAUUCACGUACUAAAGUCUGUUCGCCGAGAGUUGAUAAAUAUUAUGAAAUGUCUUGCAAUAACGACUGUCGCUUAAUUAUCGCAUUCUGUAUGGCGGGCGUCGUUUGUCACAACGCGCACUGAGUACCAUGGUACGAGCCACGCAGCUGUCGUCAAGCGCCCCGGCCGGCGGGCCGCAAUGUGUGAAACGCAAUGUGUGAAAAGGAAUAGAUUUAUUUUACAUAAGACCGAAAUGAAUGGUAUGACAGUGGGUAGGGCUUUGCCCAACAUUGGGAUACACUAUAAGCCACUUGAUAAUAAUGAAAUCCUUUUUAUUCAACACAUGGACGCCACGUGUUUGAUCCGUAUCCCCACGUUUGCCGUAACCGGAAUAAUUCCCGUAAAUUUAAAAGAGAUAAUAAUGAUAAUCUACCAACUUUUUCAUUAUAUCGACAAAAAUAAUUAGCGGGCCGCAAUUUGUAAUGAGUUUAGAACCUCUGAUAUUUAAUUUUUUUUAUCAACUCUCGGCGAACAGACUUUAGCGCCCGCGACGCUUCCGGCUGCACGCGCACGGGACUAUGGCACAUGUGGCUGACGUGGACAGUUAGGAAACGCAAACUAUUAAUGCUGAUAAUCGUGUGGCAGAUAUGGCUUACGUGGACAGUUAGGAAACGCAAACAUAUAAAGCUGAUAAUCGUGUGCAGAUAUGGCUUACGUGGACAGUAAGGCCCAGAACAGACGGUGAAACGCAACUGCAACGAAACUGCAACUUUCUGAUGAUUCUGAUGAAUGAAACUGAAACUGAAAGUUUCAAACUGGUCGCGUCAUGUGUGGUCUCUCAACGGACGCUAUGGCAGAAACUUAGAUGCAACUCAAAAGUAACUAGCAGUUGCAGUUUCACCGUCUGUUCUGGGCCUUAGGAAACUCAAACUUAUAAAGCUGAUAAUCGUAUGCAGAUAUGGCUUACGUGGACAGUUAGGAAACUCAAACUUUUAAAGCUGAUAAUCGUGUGCAGAUAUGGCUUACGUGGACAGUUAGGAAACGCAAUGUUAUAAAGCUGAUAAUCGUGUGCAGAUAUGGCUUACGUAGACAGUUAGACCCAGAACAGACGGUGAAAUGCAACUGCAACGAAACUGCAACUUUCUGAUGAUUCUGAUGAAUGAAACUGAAACUGAAAGUUUCAAACUGGUCGCGUCAUGUGUGGUCUCUCAACGGACGCUAUGGCAGAAACUUAGAUGCAACUCAAAAGUAACUAGCAGUUGCAGUUGCGUUUCACCGUCUGUUCUGGGCCUUAGGAACCUCAAACUUAUAAAGCUGAUAAUCGUGUGGCAGAUAUGGCGUUUUAUCGUGGCUAAACGCAAUCCGCGAGAGCCAUAAAGAUGAAAAAAAAAAGACUUUCGUGGCUGACGUGGACAGUUAGGAAACGCAAACUUAUAAUGCUGAUAAUCAUGUGGCAUUAUAUGGUUUUCGUGGCCGAUUUUGACAGUUAGGAAAUGCGAAGUUAUAUGCAUAAUCGUGUGGCACAGUUGACAGUGUGGAACUUAGCUCCGGACGCAUUUUACAACAUUAAACCGCGUUUUAAGCUUUUGAUAUUGACUAAUGACAAUUGUACGCUCAUUAUAUCGUGUUAUAGCAUUUCUAGCACUUAAACACGGUUACUGAAAACGUUUUACGCCCGAUUCCCAUAUUCAAUCAUUGUCCAAAUCCGGAUUACAACUGUCAAAUUGAAUUCAGUUUUAGAUUAUAUUUCCAAAAUUUUCGAUGCAUAUACACUUUAAUAUUGUUUAAAUAGUCAUAUAAACAAUAUAAAAAUAUAAAAACAUCAAAUGCCGCAGUUAUUUUGGCCAAAAACAUAUUAAAAUUUGACAGUUGACAAUCCAAAUCCGUAUAUAGAUGGCCCACGCUGAACUGUCCCGCCAAACUCAAUGACAGGGGGGCGCUACCAUCGUUCAACUAUACAGGGUGGAAACGAUAAGUGAUCUCACUCGAUUAUUUCUAAACUAUACAAGAUAUCGAAAAACUGGUUACUGAUCCUGAAAGUGUUCCACAAGCUCUUUCAAACGGUACCAAUAAUAGGUUACAGAAUAAACUGGAACUAUCCCAAAAUUCAAUGUUUCCAGCUUCCAUACUAAAUGUAUGCCGACGACACAUUAUUAGAAGUGUAAUUUAUUUUUUGUUAAUUAAUAAACUUAAAAUGUCGGUUAAAUAAACUCGUAACUUGCAUCUUAUUUAAAAUUAUUAGUGAAAAACAUAAGUUUCAGGCUUUACUUGCUAUAAAAUUAUCAAGAGAUGAGUGCCAUGACUGUGAUAGUACUAAAUGUAUGGAAGACGGAAACAUUGAAUUUUAGGAUAGAUCCAGUUUAUUCUGUAACUUGAUAUUGAUACCGUUGGAUAGAGCUCGUGAAGCACUUUUAGGAUCAGUAACCAGUUUUACGAUAUCUUGUGUAGUUUUUAAAAUUAUGUAACUUUACCAAAUGUAUGGAAGCUGAAAACACUGAAUUUUCGGAUAGUUCCAGUGUAUUCUGAAACCUAUUAUUAGCACCGUUUGAAAGAGCUCGUGAAGCACUUUCAGGAUCAGUAACCAGUCUUUCGAAAUCUUGUAUAGUUUAGAAAUAAUCGGGUGAGAUCACUUAUCGUUUCCACCCUGUAUGGUUUCCAACAUGGCAAAAAUCUGAACCAGCGAUCCGGUAUUGACGGUGGCGCCCCACUGUCAAUGUCAUCGACAGGACAGUCCAGUAUUUUGGAACUAUAAUUUGGAUUAGGAUUGAAUAUAGAAAUCCAGCAUUAGUCAUGGAGUUUUAUUUCGAGACUUUCCGUAGUGACGGUGCCUGGGAUAGGCGUAUUACAUUGAAUUGACACCUUCAGCGUGCUCUGCGAAGCAAAUUCUAGCAUUCUAGUUAGACUUUAAGUUUCUAAGCGAACUGAGACUUCACUCAGAAAUAAUCACUUCACCAUUUUGUGUGCCUUCAAAAAAAUAUAUUCACGCUAGACCGCGCCCGCCUAAUCUUAUCAGGGGGCAUUAUUUUAAAGUUUAAAUGUAGAAAACAAUUUCCCAUAAAUAGGUAGUUGUAAAAAUUAUGAAAAUUCGUAAGCAUCACGUACCUAAUAAUGUAAAAAAAGUUCUUAUAAUCGAGGACCGGUGAUGGAUCAAUGCGAAUAAUUUUGUCAGCUGAAUGUUACCAGAGUAAAUACAAAUGAGUAGGUUAUCUUCAUAGAAACGCAUCGAGCGCGGUUUGUAUGGCGCAACUCCAUGCUUAUCCCCGCUGAAUUUUGUCAUGUGUGCGUGCGCGCCGCAUACGUAUUGGCGCGCUCACAUACAAACCGCGCUCGGUGCGUUUCUAUGAAGAUGACCUACUCAUUUGUAUUUACUCUGAUGUUACUGUAACACAGCGACAUCUACAUUGAGUGUUUCAUUCAAUUUACUGCCUGACAAUCGUGUGUAAAACAGAUGAUUGUAUUUUAGUAUAUUUAUAGCAAACUUAAUAGCCAAUUAGUGUGACUUGUAUUAAUUAGGUAUUAUUAUAAGCCCACAAAGAUUUUUACAAUAAAAUGUCCAAUGAGGAUAAACUUAACAGUUAACAGCAUUUUUCAGGCCAGUUUACAGUGGUUUCAAAAGAGUUGAAUGAAUGUGUGACACAAUUAUUUUUGUACAAUAAAAACAUUGAUUAAAAUUCAAUUAAUAUUACAGAUUUUCAUCAGAGAACUGCUUUGUUUUUAUUAUGCCAUUCCUCGUUUCUUUUGAAGCACCUGUAUUUAUUGUGAUCUCUUAACCAAAUUAUGACCUAGCCUAGUUAUGUGCUGUUAACUGUUCUUACAGAAUGAAUUUGUUUUGUAAUUAUUACAUACUAUUAUUUAUUAAAUGUAUGUUACAA